AUGCUACUUCUUUUAGUUGGCAGCAAAGACGGACGGUUGUCCGUCAUUCAAAUAAGCGACAAUUUGUCGACAGUAACCAAAAACGAUAAAGUAGCGCUCACCUCGUUACUGGAACGAGAAAUCCGAAGAGAAAAGAAUUUGGAACAGCGGACUAAAGACAGCAAGAGUAAACAAGGACCCAAAACUUCCAUUUUCCACCUUGCGAUUGCAACAGUGACCCAAGCGGCCAAGUUGCUACGCAAGGCUCAUUGGGCGUUCAGAAACCUCCGUCUCCCAUGUCCCAUCACCUCGCUAUCUAAAAAAAUGUUUGAUAGCUUGAAGGAGACACUCCAGGCACUUAAUAUUAAUCAAGAGAAUACAAGCGGCAAAGAAGUUAACGAAAGAUCGGUCAUUGAACCUUCGGCUGAUAUGUUGCCAGCCACUGAUAAAACCGGAAGCCAAAUCAACGUAUCUGUCUCUCACGCUGCUCCAGUGGCGCCAUUCGUUGAUCAGACUCUGCAAUCUUCCGAAGAGGCUUUCUUUGAAAUUGAAACCAUUGAUCAGGAAAUACUUUCCCGUGGAAUAGAAGAAAAACAAUGAGUAGACGAAUAACUAGUAUGUAUGAAUCACCAAUGAUUUUAUUAAUCCGAUCCGC